AUGAGAAAUAAUGUAAAACUUUUGAUGAUUGAUUUUUCAAAUUCCUCUUCUGAGAAUGAUCUUCAGAGAUUGGAAUUAUUAUUGAAAAAGAAAUUCUCAUUACAACAACUCGGAAAAAAGAAAUGGCUUGAAAAUAGAGAAUUGAAAUAUGAACAUUUCUUUCCUGUUGAAUUUAUGAAUGAUAAGGAAUUUAUUUUGAAUCACAUCAAAAAGUAUGGUUAUGGAUUGGAAUAUGCAUCAAAACAAUUAAAAAAAGAUCGAGAAUUUGUGUUGAAAGUGAUUCAACAAAAUGGAGAUGAGUUGAAAUUUGCCGGUGACAACAUUCACACCGAUAAAGAAGUGAUACUCGCAGCUGUAAAGCAAUUUAAAGGGGCAUGGACAUUUGUGUCAUCAGAACAACUUAGAAAUGACAAGAAAUUUGUUUUAGAGAUGGUUCAACAGUAUGGAAUUGGUGUUCCUUUUGAUUUCAACAAAGAUAGAGAUGUUGUUUUGGCUGCUGUCAAGAAAAAUGGCAAAGCACUGCAGUAUGUUGAGCGUCAAUUUAAAUCAGACAAGGAAAUUGUGAUGGAAGCAAUCAAACAAAAUAAGAAAGCACUUGAAUUCUUACCUAAAGUAUUACUUUUAGACUGUGAAUUCAUGUUGACAAUUCUCAAAACAAUAUUUCCAGAAUUUUCACAUUUAGAAUCUUUUGAUUAUUCAAACAAAGACAUCAUGAUGAAACUUGUUCAAGAAAAUGGGAAGAUACUUGAAUUUGCAAGUUCUGAACUCAAAAAUGAUCGAGAAAUUGUUAUGACUGCAGUUAGAUAUUAUUGCCACUCACCAGGUUUUCGAUUUAUACCACUGCAAUUUGCUUCUGAUGACUUGAAGAAUGACAGAGAAAUUGCAUUACUUGCUAUUCAACAGAAUGGACAUGCAUUGAUGUUUCUGAAUGAAGGAUUUCAAAACGAUUCUGAAUUUGUGAUGGAAGCUCUUAAAUGCAAUGGUUACGUGUUGAAGUAUAGUGAUGAAUUUUAUCGAGCGAGAAUGCAACAUUGUUAUCAUGAUGUUUAUCUGGGACACAAUAAGUGGAAUUAA